AUGGCCGAUGAAGACGUGGAAGAUGUGAAAGAACUGGAAAUAGAAUCUAUAAUCGGCUUUGAUGGUGCCAACUGUAGGAGUCUAGUAACCCAUCCCGAUGGAAAGCACAUCAUUUAUGCCCUGGGUAAUAAGGUGACAAUUAUGGAAUGGGCUUCGAAGAAACAAAGAUUUUUGGUAGGCCAUACGAACAUUAUCUCUUGCGUUGCAGUAUCCUCUUCGGGGACGUACAUCGGGAGUGGACAGAUCAACCAUAUUGGAUUCAGGGCUCGAGUGAUUGUUUGGGACUACAAGAAAAUGGAAAUUGUAUCGUCGCAUGAACAACACAAAGUUCGUGUCGAAGGUUUGGUGUUUUCCCAAGACGAAAAAUUCGCUAUAAGUAUAGGUGGCAGGGAUUGCGGAUGCGUCAUAGUUUGGAAUAUACAUGAACAGCAAGUUGUUUCUGCGAUUCAGGUUUCCAAAGGAGCAGCUGGAGAUGCAACUGUAAUAGAGAGCAUGCGUAAACGAGGAGAAUGCUUUAUAACCGGCGGAGAUGUUCAUUUAUCUGUAUGGGUGAUAAAUGUUGAAACUAAAAGUUUGAAACAAAUUACGGUGCAUACGAUGAAACGCAGACGAACUAUACUAUGUGUGGAUGUGAACGAUAGAGACGAGGUUGCUUAUUGCGGUACAAGCACUGGCGAUUUGAUGAAAGUUAGAUUACAUUUUCACCAUGAUCCUGACGUGUUGGAUCCUGUCAAAAAUCCAUUAGUUAUAGGUUACUGGGCGAAAUUAUCCAAAAAACAACUUGAACGCGGUAAAGUCGAUUUAUACGGGAAUGGAAUUAGAUCGGUCAAAUUAUUGUACGAAGGUCCGAUACUUAUUGGUGCCGGAGAUGGUACAGUAGAAAUGGUCGAAGAACACAUCAAGCUCAUUAAUCCCGAAGAAAAUCUAAAGAUGCCUUCGAUGCCCGCGUUGAGGGUGCUCAAGAGUACCUAUGUCAACAGUAGCGUGUCUGCAAUCCAGAUACUAGGAGACCAUACUACUAUUUUGGUCGGUACCGUCAAAUCGGAAAUUUAUUUGAUUAGGAUGAAGCAAUUCGUCGCUGAGCUGGUUAUCACCUGUCACACGUCAUCGAUAUAUGAUGUUGCAUUUCCAUAUAACUUUUCCGAAGUAUUCGCUACGGCCGGCAAGCACGACGUGCGUUUAUGGUCGAUGGCCACCAUGGGCGAACUCCUUCGAAUUCAGUGCCAAAACUUCAAUUGCUCAAGCUUGGUAUUCGCUUACGAUGGCAAGUCGCUUUUGACGGGUUGGAGCGACGGUAUCAUUCGCUCAUUCACUCCUUUGACAGGAAGAUUAAUCUACGCCAUCUUAAAUGCCCACAAUAAAGGAAUUUCCGCAAUCGCCUGUACCAAAGACGGGAAACGCCUGAUCAGCGGCGGGUGUGAAGGUCAAGUAAGGUUAUGGGACGUUUCGCCUUGCAAGCAACAGCUAAUCUGUACUCUAAAAGAGCACAAAGGUCCAGUAUCCGCCAUUGACACCAACAUUGAUGACACCGAAGCGGCAAGCGCAAGCGCCGACGGUACCUGCAUCCUCUGGGAUUUACGCAGACAAUGCAGACGAUCUAUUUUGUUCGCCAACACAUUGUUUAUGUGCGUUAAAUACUUUCCCAGUGGUGUACAAUUAUUGACAGGUGGAUCUGAUCGAAAACUGUCGUACUGGGAAGUGCUAGAUGGAAGCUUGGUGAGAGAAUUGGAAGGAUCUCCAUCUGGAGCUAUUAACGCUUUAGAUAUAUCACCAGACGGCUUGAAAUUUGUAAGCGGUGGAAAUGAUCAAAUCAUAAAAGUUUGGACAUAUCAAGAAGGAAUUGCUACUCAUAUAGGAGUAGGCCACGCAGGCGCUGUAACCUGCACCCGUUUCAGCGGAGAUGGAAAACACAUAGUCACCUGCGACGCUUCUGGUUGCAUCUUUCUUUGGAAAGCACCUAUAGACGAAAAAGAGCCUGUACCAUCUAUUAAAUGUCUUGAAACAGUUCGUGAGGAACCAGAACCAGUUGAGGGCCAGCCCGAAGAAGAACACAUUCGAGAUCUGCCUACGGUCAGAAGUUGCGUCAAAGUCGCACCGUGCGUGUGCGACGUGGCCAUGGGUGAUAGAAGUCCCAAGGUCUGUUGCAGAAUGCGAGGCGGAGGAGACGGUUCAGCCAUGGUACCAGAUACUAGUAGAAGCGUUAAAUCUGUACAAUCUGUAAAAUCGGUGGCGUCCGUGAAAUCUACCAAAUCUGAACAAUCUGUUAAAUCUGUCAAGUCCGUUCAGUCGGUGAAGUCCAAUCAUUCCGUGGGAUCUGUACGUUCCAAUCAUUCUGUGGGAACGGUGAAGUCCAAUCACACUGUGACUUCCAGGAAUACCAAAAAGAAAUGA